AUGGAUUCAGCCAUGGAGAUCGAGUUACUACAAUUACUACAGGUUCCUAAUCCUGACUCAAAAUUGUCAGUUGACAUGGUCAAUAAGAGGAUUAAAACGUCUUGGAAGUUCUGGAUUCUUUUAGAUGAAAUUUCGGGUAUCCUUCAGAAUUUUUCAUUUCAAAUUCAGCAUAGCUAUCGUGAAGGAUUCCAGGCAAAUAAGAAGUUUAAGAAAAAGAAUCUUAUAUGGAUGACUGAUUGGCUUUGGUCUCUGCUCUUCGUAAUGCAUUCUGGAUUUCUUGAUGGUCGAUCUGAUAGUAAGAACUGGCUGAAUUUCUAUAUUUCUUCUGUCGUGGUUUCUUCAAAUCUGUUGGAGAUUCUGUUUUUCCCACAGAAGGCCUUUCGUUGUCUGGACGAAGGAGGAGGAUCUGUGUCUUCUCUGUUGAUUCUGGCCUUCAUCUUUGUAUGGUUUCUCAUCAGAGCUUCUAUGGAUGGGUUUUGCAAGAAAGCUGGAUAUUCAUCUUCUUCACAUGUCUCCAGAUUACUUGGUUUUCUGGCUUGGUUUUCAAACGCUGGAUAUUCAUCUUCUGUAGACUUCCUCUUGGAUACAAGGAAAAUCAUAAAUUUGAGAAAGAGAAUCUUAACUAGAUAA